CGGCCCGUUUUUGCAAUCUCAGUUGUAACAUAAGCUAGUCGCUGUGGCCGCCAGCUCGCCUCCGUCGGCGUAUUCCCCUUCGCCUCUUCCAGUCCUCCUCUCCUCUCCACUGUACUUCUCAGACUACAGUAUCCAUAAAACCGCGAUUGAAACCUUGUUCUUCCUUGUUAUCCUCUCUUCUUCCUAAAAUUUCCAUGUUUCACCACUCCAAUUCAAAGUCGCGCGACAUUGUCAGAAGAAAAAGAUACUGAAGCGUAUUCAUAUUUUGAAGAACACAGAUACAUCAUGGGUCACAGUUCGAAGAAGAAGAAGAAGCGCGGAGGAGGAGGCGGUGGGCGUCGGUCGCAGUCAAAGGAUCAUCAUUCAUCUGCCUCUGAUAACUCUGAUGUCGUAGCCGAGGAAAUCACCGCCUUGCGUGCAAUAUUUCAGGAGGAUUGCCAAGUUGUUUCUGAAAUGCCUCCUCAACUCAGCAUCAAGAUCAGGCCAUAUGCAAAGGAUACAGAAUUUGAAGAUUCUGAUGUUUCUGCAUUGCUUUCCGUGAGAUAUGUAGAAGGCUACCCCUAUAAGUGCCCAAAGCUACAGAUAGUACCGGAUGAUGGUUUAGCAAAAACUAAUGCUGAUAACCUUUUAUCUCUACUUUAUGAUCAGGCCAAUUCUAAUGCUAGAGAAGGACGAGUGAUGAUUUACAAUUUAGUGGAGGCUGCCCAAGAGUUCUUGUCUGAAAUUAUUCCCCAACGACUGCCUCAGGAAUCUGUUGAAUCCCAUGAUCCUCUCAAGGGUCAGCUCUCUCAAAAGGUGGUUAUUUCCUCGCGUGGAAAGAUCUGUUCAUUUAGUGGACCCUUUGUAUAUAGUCAUGUAGAUCUGUUCAGUGGUUCUGGGGAGUUGUGGCUGUGGAACAUGGGAAUGCAAGAGAAUAGUGAGCUAGUAUCUUCUGAAGCAUUUGAUGGUUUGAAAAAUCAAAGUGUCGAUUUGGAAAAGCAACAGGACAAACAUAUGAAGCUAUUAGCAUUAGAAAGUGGUAUGCCCAAGUUUGUACAAAGUGAGUUGGUUGGAUUAGGUACGCUUGAAGAAGGAAUAGAAGAUGGAAGCAAAAGUAAUGAAUCAAAUAGUAGUGAAUCAGUGGGUAGUGGUACUAUUGCCUCUGCUAAGGAUAUUUUUUCUGAAGGAAAUCUUACAGAAGAAGAUCACAGUUAUUUAGAUAGUGAUUCAGCCUUAUCUACAUUUGAGCCUGUUGAUCUUGACCAAUCUACUCAGACUGAUGAGAGAGAUUUGCUCCUGGCCCAUUUGCUUCGACUUACCUGUGCUCCUAAAGGACCACUUGCUCAUGGUCUACCAGAAAUAGCAUCAGAGCUCCUCAAUCUUGGGAUUGUCUCAAAAGGUGUGCGAGAUCUGGCUCUCAAGCCAAGUUCAUCCUUUGACAAGACUUUUGAUCGUGUGUUUAGGAAGUAUAUUGGUUCCUCAGAAAUUUCAGCCUUCUGGAAAAGUGCUGCUGAUUAUGAAGAUCAAAGUUCUUCAACUCCGAGUUCGCGUUACUUAAAUGACUUUGAGGAGCUUCAAACGCUCGGUCAUGGAGGAUUUGGUCAUGUUGUAUUAUGCAAGAAUAAGCUAGAUGGUCGCCAGUAUGCUGUGAAAAAGAUUCGGUUAAAGGACAAGAGUCUACCUGUAAAUGAUCGUAUAUUAAGGGAAGUCGCCACGCUUUCUCGGUUGCAGCAUCAACAUGUUGUUCGAUACUACCAGGCCUGGUAUGAAACUGGGGUUGUGAGUAGCAUAGGCAAUAUGAUGUGCGGUUCGAAAACAGGUGCAAGCUCAAGUUUCGGCUACAAAGACACUGUUUCUUCAGAUCAGUUUGGAAAUGAGAAUAAGUCUGAAUCAACUUAUCUAUAUAUUCAGAUGGAGUAUUGCCCAAGGACACUGAAACAGAUGCUUGAAUCUUACUCCCAUCUUGAUAAAGAACUUGCAUGGCAUUUAUUUCGCCAAAUUGUGGAAGGCUUGGCUCAUAUACAUAGCCAGGGAAUUAUUCAUCGUGACCUGACUCCUAAUAACAUCUUUUUUGAUGCCCGUAAUGACAUCAAAAUUGGGGAUUUUGGGCUUGCCAAGUUUUUGAAGCUAGAGCAAUUGGAUCAGGAUGUGGAAGCUAUUGACUCUGUUGGAGUAUCUCUUGAUGGUACUGGUCAAGUUGGCACUUACUUGUAUACUGCUCCUGAAAUAGAGCAAGGGUGGCCAAAGAUUGAUGAGAAGGCUGAUAUGUACAGCUUAGGAGUCGUGUUCUUUGAACUGUGGCAUCCAUUUGAAACAGCUAUGGAAAGGCAUGUUGUGCUUUCUGAACUGAAACUAAAGGGAAAGCUCCCAUCUGAUUGGAUUACUGAAUUACCAGAGCAGGAAGGCUUGCUGCGGCGCUUGAUGUCCUCAAGCCCAUCAGAUCGUCCAUCAGCCACAGAGCUUCUUAAGAAUGCAUUUCCACCUCAAAUGGAAUAUGAAUUAUUGGAUAAUAUGUUGCGAACAAUGCAAAGUUCUGAAGACACAAUUAUUUAUGAAAAAGUUGUAUCUGCAAUUUUUGAUGACGAUAUGUUGAGAAAAAAGAACAUUCAUGAGAGUUUUGGAAGAUUGAAAUCCCUUCCAGACAAUACUUCAUCAAUUGUUUAUACUGAUUUGGAUACUGCACAUCGGGAUCUGGUCGUUGAUAUCACAAAAGAAGUUUGUAGAAAACAUUGUGCAAAUCAUUUGGAGGUCAUACCUAUGAGAAUAUUAAGUGAUUUCCCACAUGUGAAAAGGAAUACUGUGAAAGUAUUAACCGAUGGAGGUGACAUUGUUGAGUUUUGUCAUGAACUACGCUUCCCUUUCGUAAAAUGGGUCAUUUCAAAGCAGAAAUCAUUUUUCAGGCGCUAUGAAAUAUCAUAUGUGUACCGAAGAUCAAUUGGCCAUUCACCUCCAAAUCGGUAUCUCCAGGGGGAUUUUGAUAUUGUUGGAGGAGAAACUGCAUUGACUGAAGCAGAGGUCAUAAAGGUGACAAUGGACAUAGUUACACGCCUGUUCAAUUCAGAAGCAUGUCACAUUCAUUUGAAUCAUGGGGACUUGUUGGAAGCAAUGUGGUCUUGGACAGGGAUCAAAUCAGAGAAUAGGCAGAAAGUAGCAGAUCUUCUUUCACUAUUGGGCUCUUUGCAUCCACAGUCUUCUGAAAGGAAGUCAAAAUGGGUGUUAAUUAGGCGGCAGCUUCGACAGGAACUUGGCCUAGCUGACGAUGCUUUAAAUAGGUUACAAACAGUUGGAUUGAGGUUCUGUGGAAUGGCAGAUCAGGUUCUUCCAAGGCUUAGGGGUGCCCUGCCUGCAGAUAAAUCCACUCACAAGGCACUUCAUGAGUUAUCGGAGCUUUUCAACUACCUAAGGGUUUGGAAGAUUGAUAGACAUGUAUUUCUUGAUGCACUUAUGCCGCCAACUGAAUUUUAUCACAGGAACUUAUAUUUCCAGAUAUAUUUUAGAAAAGAUGAUAAUCCUGCAUCACUGAUGGAAGGAACAUUGCUUGCUGUUGGCGGUCGUUAUGACUACUGGCUUCAUCAGAUCUCCGGUUCUGAAUAUAAAUGGAAUCCUCCUGGGGCAGUUGGUACUAGUAUUGCUCUAGAGACUAUUUUGCUCCACACUUCAGUUGACAGUAAAUUUAGUAGAAGUGACAUUGGCGCAAAUAUUCUUGUAUGUUCGCGGGGAGGUGGAGGCUUGUUACUUGAACGCAUGGAGCUAGUGGCUGAACUCUGGGAUGAGAAUAUUAAGGCAGAAUUUGUUCCAUUGUGUGAUCCAAGCCUUACUGAACAGUAUGAAUAUGCAAGUGAGAAUGAUAUCAAAUGCCUAGUUGUCAUCACUGACUCAGGUGUAUCUCAAAAAGGAUCUGUUAAGGUUCGACAUCUAGAGCUCAAGAAAGAAAAAGAAGUUGAGAGAGAAAAUCUUGUGAAAUUCUUAUCAGAGGCAAUGGCUAGUCAAUUCAGAAAUCCAUCAAUCUGGAAUUGAGCAACUUUGAAAUUACUGGGAAGUCGGAUAAAGCAGCAGCUCUUGCUAAAAGGUUUUGUUCCUGCACCUAUGAUGUGAAGAGAUGUUUGAAAAUAUUACUCGUAUCAAGAAGUAACAUAAUUCAGAUCCAUCUUGAUUCUAUGUGGCAAGAGCUGCAGGUAGUUAAGAUUGGUUGCAAUUAUAUUCUGUCUGCUCUUCAAUUCCCUCAUAAACUGACCAACGAUCAACCUGGGUGAUGGAUGUUAAUUUUUUGGGUUUAUAUCAGUGGAUCAACAUCUGCACCACGCUCGAUCAAACAAAAUUUUUGGCAUUCCGUUGAAUCUUCCUCCUGAGUAAGGAUUGAUCCUUUCACUAAAAUCAAGUGACAGGUAUGGUAAUGAAAUUGCACAUAUCCUGGCCAGAAAUUCUUCUGCAGAUUUUCAUGAAUCCUUUGCCUAAAUUUUGUUAGGAACAAUUAUAAGUGACUUGAUACGCCCUUUUGAAAUUGGAAAAUUUAGAAUAGCUCAUGUUACUUCAGUUUGUGUGAAUUUCCAUAAAUUGUAGAAGUGUAUGCGGUGGUGAUUGACUUGAAGUUCCUUCCAAAGGUUAAAAAUAAAUUUUAGGCAUGGUUCCUUUGUUUGGUUAA